AUGAAAAUCAAAAUUGGAAAUAUUUUAAAAAAUGUGGUAAUUUUGGUAAUUUUUAGUUUAUUUAUUUCAAAAAUUAAUUCAGAAGUUGUUAAACCAAACCCAGCUAAGCCAGAUGAAUUGGUAAUAGCAUUUAUGUCACCAUAUUUCGACCCAGAAUAUACCCAAUACAGUGGUGCAGCAGAAUAUGCACUUAGUAAAUUCAAUGAAACCUUUAAAACCAAAUAUUCAAAAACCAUUAAAUUGCAUACAUUUACUGAUACAAAUGAUGUUAUUGAUUCCUUGGAUUUAGUGACAAUGCCAGUCAAUGGUAUUGUUGGUCCAGCGUAUUCAGGUUCAUCAUCAACUGCAUGUUUAGUAUUUGGAGCAUUUGCAGUUCCAAGUAUAAGUUUUUAUGCUACAGGUGCAAGUCUUUCAAAUAGUGGAUCCUAUCCAUAUUUCCAACGUGUUAUGCCAGACGAUCGUUUACAAGUACAAGCAAUUCUAUCAUUAUUGAAAAAGAAUGGUUGGACUCGUGUUUCAUGUAUUCAUACCAAUGAAGAUUAUGGUAAUGGUGGUGCUGAUCAAUUGGUUCAACAAUCAAAUGCACAAGGUAUCACAGUUAAUACCAAUCAAGCUAUCGAUCCAGUUGAUAAUGGCAUUGCACCAGAACAACUAUAUUAUGAUAUUGUAUUUGACAAUUUAGAAGCUGCCAAAUCCAGAGUGAUUGUAUUGUAUGCUCUCUUCCCACCAGAUUGUCUUGAAAUUUGGAAACAAGCAAAAGCAAGAGGUUUCUUGGGUGAAGGUUUCACAUGGAUUGUAACCGAUGGUUGCGCAGAGUUAACAGGUGGAACAGAUCCAGAUUUACUUGGUGUUUUAGCAACUUUCCCAAGUUAUGGUUUAGGUACUGAAGCCUAUACUGACUUUGAGAGAACCAUUGUCAACGAUUAUAACAACAACACCGGUGAUGCUUUCUAUAAGGGUGCAUCAUUUUCAUAUGAUGCCACCUAUGCAAUGUUAAUGGGAAUUGAAGCGGUUUUAGCAAAAGGUGGUGAUCCAUGGGAUGGUGAACAAGUUAGAACUGAACUUCGUAAUCUUAAAUUUAAUGGUAUCACUGGUACCAUUGCUUUCGAUAAAAAUACAGGUGAUAGAUUGUAUGGUGAAUUUGCACUUUUAAAUCUUAUCAAUUCAACCAAAGGUUCAUUCGAUCCAAUUGGUAAAAUUAAUCCAGAUUCAGGUGAAAUCACUCUUAAAAGCGAUAUUCUUUACUCUGGACCAACCUAUAAAGUUCCAUCAGAUUAUCAAGUGGUUGUUUUCGAUAGAACCUUAAAUAUUGUCCUAGGUGUUAUCACUGGUGUUUGUGUUUUAAUCGUUAUUGGUAUUGGUUCGGUCAUUGCUUUACAAUGGAGAAAAUUCCGUUACUCAUCACCACUCUUUUGUAUGUUUAUUAUCAUUGGUGCUCUUAUGGGUUUGGCAUCAGUUUUCACCCUAUUACCAACUCCAACCACUCCAUUAUGUUCUGGUUUCCCUUGGUUAUUAGGUUUAGGUUACGUUAUUGUCUUUGGUACACUCUUCACCAAAACUUGGAGAACUUGGAGACUUUUCUCAAAUGCUAGAAAAUUCAAAAUCAUUCGUAUCACCAAUAAAUUCAUUAUCACUCUUGUAGGUGGUUUCGUAUUACUCGAAAGUAUUUUCAUGAUCAUUUGGACUGCAGUCGAUAGACCAAUUCCAUUGGCUGAACCAAUCUUUAAAGCUGGUGAAGCUCAACUUCAAUGUACUUCAGAUUCUGAAGCUUGGUGGUAUGUUUUCGUUUUCUAUAAAGUAUUUUACAUUCUUUUUGGUGUAUUUUUAGCUUUUAAAACAAGAAAUGUUGUUGAUUCUUUAAAUGAAUCAAAACCAAUUACUUUAGCUUUAUAUAAUUUAACAUUUGUUAUGGUUGUUGCAAUUGCACUUGGUUUUAUUUUAAGAGAUAAUCCAAUUGCAAUUAUUGUAAUUCAAACAAUUGCAAUUUUACUUGGAUUUACAGUUACAGUAUCAGUACUUUUCUUACCAAAGGUUUGGAUGAUUUUAUCUGGUCAACAACAUUCAAUGGAUUCAAUUGGUACCUCAAUGGAUUCAAUGGGAAGAUCAAAUGGUAAUACCACAGAAGCAGAGUCAACUAGAGGUUACACAAAUAAAGAUUACAAUAAUCAAUCAGUUGGUAGAUCAUUCUCUGCUCAUGCCACUGGUUUCAAAGAUGUCGCUCCAUCAAAUCAUCCACAACUUGGUAUUGUUUAUACUGGUGGUGAUAAUUUCCCAAGAGUUGGUUCUUCACAAACAGCUGCUUCAAGAAGUGAAGCUGAAAUUAAUGUUAGUAAAGAUGUUUUAGCAAAAGCAAAUAAAAAGAAUGAAGAAGAAUUUGGGGAAUUUUUUUUAAAACCAUCCGAGGAUAAUAUUUUAAAAAAAAAAAAAAAAAAAAAAAAUANCAAUAAAUAA